CUAGCUCUGAAGUUGCGGUCCUAUAGCGCACCAAAGACCAUAAACGCAUACACAGGGUAAGCAAAGAAAGAGAGAGAGAGAAUGGAAGGAGGUAGGAGAGUGGGUGUGGCAGUGGAUUUCUCGCCUUGCAGCAGGAAAGCUCUAAACUGGGCGGUGGAUAACCUCGUCCGCGACGGGGAUCACCUUAUCCUAAUUGCCAUACGCCCGGAAGGGAACUAUGAAGAGGGAGAGAUGCAACUCUGGGAGGUCACUGGUUCCCCUUUAAUCCCUAUUCAUGAGUUUUCUGAUCCUGCGAUUAUGAAGAAGUAUGGACUGAAGCCUGAUCCAGAAACCCUGGAUAUUGCAAACACUGCAGCCAACCAGAAACAGGUUGUUGUGGUUAUGAAGAUCUUCUGGGGUGAUCCUCGCGAGAAGAUAUGUGAAGCUAUCGAUAAGGUUCCUUUGAGCUGCCUUGUUAUGGGGAACAGAGGGCUUGGCAAGAUUAAGAGGGCUAUAUUGGGCAGUGUAAGCAACUAUGUGGUGAAUAAUGGAACGUGCCCUGUUACUGUUGUGAAGCAGACAGACUAUGAGAGCUAGAUUUCUUUUGCUAAACAGCAUCCUAUCGUUCAUAGGAUAUAUGAGUGGAUUGGAUUCCAUCAAAUAAUUGUGUUGCUUGCAACUCUCUUUCAAGCUGGAAAGUUUCUUAGUUUGUGUGGAUGUUGUCAUGAUGGUGUUCGAAUAAGUGAGAGUUUAAUGUAAUCCAACCCUUUUUCGCAAUGAGAUUUCUUCCAACUUCUAAAAUGGCUAA